UUAUAGGGAAUCAUUGCUUACCUGAAUCACACGGUGAAUCGCUCCAGGCCUACCUUUUUUUAUAAACCUCCACCCAAACCCCCUUCACAGUCACGCCAAGGAAACACGGAGAAUUUCUAAACCCUUUCCAGUUCUCUCUGCAUUCGCGGGGUAAUCGGCUUGAUUUCUGAAUCUGAUUUACGCUUCCAUAUGCAGAUUUGUGUUGCUUUCUCUUUUUCUUGUAUUUUGUAAGCUGUGAUGGCAACAAGAAUUGCUGCACGAUAUGUAUCUCGAAGGUUCUCUAGCAGUGGUAAAGUACUUGGUGAGGAAGAAAAAGCUGCAGAAAAUGUUUUCAUAAAGAAAGCCGAGCAAGAAAAACUGGAGAAGCUUGCACGCAAGGGCCCAAAACCAGAGGAACAUGCUGCAAGCUCAGGGGGUCCAGCAACAGAUGUCAAACCAGGUGCUGCCGCUUCGUCAACAUCAGGAGCAUCAACAGCGAAGGUAUCAACUGACAAGUACAAGAACUAUGCAAUUGUAACUGGUGCUGUUACUAUUCUUGCAGCUGUGGGAUGGUACAUGAAAUCUGGCUCAAAGAAGCCAGAGGAGGUCCAGGACUGAGGGAAGUGUUUUUGGAUAUGAACUGUGGGAAAACGUCCAUGAUUUCUCAUACUUUGGAAUCAUAAUGGCUUUUAGAAAUAAUCCAAACUUAGAUAUGUGGUGGCACAACUUAUGUUUCUUCUGAUCGUAACUCUUUUGCUUCGCCUUUUUAUGUUCUACAAGUCUUGCAAUUGUUUUCAGAUUACUCGACAUUUGCAUUUUGCGGUGGCUAUGCUUUUGCAGCAUCACUAUUUUAAGCUGA